AUGCCGCCAAAAAAUAAAGGAAAGAAAGGAAAGGCCAACGAUGACGACUAUUGGGAUACGGCUGGUGUGUCAGCGGAGAACUACAACACUAUCGCUGACAAGAUUGGCAAAUCUGAUGAUGACGAUCGCCUGCCCAUCCCUGAAUUUGCGACAGCAGAGGAUGAGUUCCCGGAGCCGGACCAAAAGUCAAAGAAAAAGAAGAAGAAGGGUAAGAACGAUGAAGACGCUGUUGAUGCCGCCCCAACUCCCGCACCUGUACAUAUCACCACUGCUACAGCGGUCGAGGAUGAAGAAGACGGCGAAGGAACACAGGCUGGGGAGUCCGAUCUAAAGAAAAAGAAGAAGAAGAAAGGGAAGAAAGAUGAGGAUCUCGCACCUGCCGCUGCCCCGACUCCCGCGCCUGCUACAGCGCUUGAGGAGGACGAAGAUGGUGAAGAAGCAGAGGCAGGUGAGACGGACCCAAAGAAGAAGAAAAAGAAGAAGAAAGGAAAGAAAGACGAGGAUGUCGCUCCUGCCGCUGCCCCGACUCCCGCACCUGCAAAGAAGGCCAAAGGUGGCAUCGGGGCCUUGAAGGCUCUGAUGGAGGAAAAGAAACGGAUCGAAGAGGAGGCGCGAAGAAGAGAGGAGGAGGAACGGAAACGUAUAGAGGAGGAGGAGAGGCAAGCGGAAGAGGAGGCAAAGCGGAAAGAAGAGGAGAAACAAAGGAAGAAAGAAAAAGAAAAGGCCAAGCGUGAGCUGGCCAAGAAGGAGGGUCGAUACUUGACGAAGAAACAGAAAGAAGAAAAGGCAGCUGCCGAGCUUCGUCGGCAGGCCCUCCUCGCAUCCGGUGUUCAGAUUGAAGGGCUGCAUCAGCAGGCAGGUGUUUCAGCAAAGAAGGUUGUGUCCGGUAAUAGGAAAAAGAAGGGUCCUAUUGCCAAGGAGGCCUCAGCCUCGCCUGCUCCGGAGUCGAGACCGGAAACUCCAGAUGCCAUCCCUUCUGCCCCUUCCCCUGUUGAAUCCGCUGCUGAGGAGGAGACUAAAGACGAAGUAAAGGAUGAAUGGGAUGCAAGUAGCGGAGAUGAAUCAGAUGAGAGCAGUGAGGAGGAGGAUAUGCAAUCAGAAGUUCAAACUGACGUUAAAGUGGAUCCCAGUCCACCUGUGUCAGAUGCAAGGACAACAGGGGCAGAUACAAAGGCUGCACGUGCAGAUGCGGGGACAGCAGGGUCAGAUACAAGGGCUGCACGUGCAGAUGCGGGGACAGCACAGGCGAAUGCGGGGACAGCACGGGCAAGUGCAAGUUCAGCACGGGCAAAUGCGAAUUCAGCACAGGCGCACGCGGCUGCCCCUACAGUGCACAGUAAAGACAACCUUCGGAGUCCCAUCUGUUGUAUUCUCGGACAUGUUGAUACCGGUAAAACGAAACUGUUGGAUAAGAUCCGUCAAACAAACGUACAAGAAGGCGAAGCAGGCGGUAUUACCCAGCAAAUAGGUGCCACGUAUUUCCCGCUAGAUGCUAUCAAGACGAAGACUGCAGUAAUGAAUAAGGCUGAUGCGUACCAGGACAACUCCCAAGAAUACAAGAUCCCUGGAUUAUUGGUUAUCGAUACACCCGGACACGAAUCUUUUACGAACUUGCGUAGCCGUGGAAGUUCUCUGUGCAACAUUGCGAUCUUGGUGGUAGAUAUCAUGCACGGCCUUGAACCACAAACCCUGGAAUCGCUAAGACUAUUGAGAGACAAGAAAACGCCGUUCAUCGUGGCCCUCAACAAGAUUGACCGAUUAUACGGCUGGAACGAAACUCCCGAUGGCGCCUUCCAAGAGUCACUUGCGAAGCAAAAAGGAUCCGUGCAACGAGAAUUUGCAGACCGUGUACAAAAGACUAUCCUUGCCUUUGCAGAACAGGGGCUGAACGCAGUCCUAUACUACGAGAACAAGAGUUUUGCCCGCAACGUUUCUCUGGUACCUACCUCCGCCAUCACCGGGGAAGGCGUCCCCGACAUGAUCAUGCUGUUGGUUAACCUUACCCAGCAACGCAUGAGCGAUCGCUUGAUGUACCUCUCGGAGCUGGAGUGUACCGUCCUCGAAGUUAAGGUAAUAGAGGGCUUGGGCACAACAAUUGAUGUUGUUUUGUCCAACGGUAUCCUACGCGAAGGUGACAAAAUAAUCGUGUGCGGUCUUAAUGGGCCGAUUGUUACUCAGUCAGCAUAUGUUCACCACAAAGAAGUCAAGGCGGCACUAGGUGUCAAGCUUGUAGCCCCUGACCUUGACAAGGCUGUUGCAGGUUCACGACUCCUUGUUGUUGGGCCAGACGAUGACGAGGAAGAUAUGCUCGACGAGGUCAUGUCGGACCUUACCUCGCUUCUAAACUCCGUCGACAAGUCAGGUCGCGGAGUUUGCGUGCAGGCCAGUACAUUGGGAUCUCUCGAAGCGUUGCUCGACUUCCUGAAAGUCAGCAAAAUUCCUGUAUCGGGGGUUAACAUUGGUCCUGUGCACAAGAAGGAUGUCAUGCGUGCUGCCACAAUGCUAGAGAAGGCCAAGGAGCUUGCAGUCAUUCUUUGUUUCGACGUGACUGUUGACAAGGAUGCGGAGAAGAUCGCUGAGGAAAUGGGCAUCAAAGUGUUCAAAGGUUUCAGUUUUGUUGUCACUCCGGUAAUUAUUCUGACUCGCCAUGCAGCUGAUAUCAUCUAUCAUCUCUUUGACGCUUUCACGGCCUAUAACAACGAAAUGAUGGAGGCGAAGCGACGAGACGCAGCUCCGCAAGCGGUGUGGCCGUGCAGAUUGAAGAUCAUAGCUGCCUUCUGUAAACGUGAUCCUAUUAUUUUGGGAGUCGACAUCCUGGAUGGGACUCUUCGGGUGGGCACUCCGAUUUGUGUUGUCACGGUUGAUCCGGCAACGCAGAAAAAAGAGAUCAUCAACCUUGGGAAGGUCACGUCCUUGGAGAUCAACCACAAAUCAUUCGAUAUCGUCAAGAAAUCUCAAGCUGGCGGUGGUGUUGCUGUGAAGAUCGAACAUGCUGUCUAUGAGUCCGGAAAGAUGUUUGGCCGACAUUUCGAUGAAAAGAAUGAACUUUUCAGUCACAUCACAAGACAGAGCAUUGACGUUCUCAAGACGUCCUUCAAGGCUGAUGUUUCCAAUGAGGAGUGGCUCCUCAUCAAGGCUCUCAAACCUCGCACCGCCGGGCCGGGAUUGUUCAUAGCGGUAGAUCACAGUUGCCUUAUCGAUGAAAGUUUUUUUUCAUUUACCACGAUGUCCCGCGAUUCCAGCACUGGAGCACAGACGACGGACGAGGUCGUUGGUGAUAGCGAAAGCGGAUCUAUUGCAGACAAGGAUGCCCUGCAGCUGGUGAUUCUCUUUUCAACGACAGAAGGGAAUAACCUUGCAGGGAAUGACGCGUUUGAUAUCACUGAAACAAUCGGUAAUGUCGAUCUAUACUGGCACCUGAUCGAGAGCUUUGCAGCAAGUUUUGUUGCCCUAAACUUCAUUGGAGGCGUUAGAUCUUUUAUCUUCCUUGGACUUCUUGCCGGAGGGCCCGCAGCGAUAUGGUCGUCGUACCUGAUUACGAUGGUCUUCAUGUUCAUGACUGCUGCUGUUCUCGCGGAGAUCUGUUCCGCGCUACCGCUAAGCGGUUCCAUCUAUAUCUGGGCCGCAGAAAGUGCUGGUCCCAAGCAUGCCAGGUUCUUUGGCUUCCUCGUUGCUUGGUGGGCAUGUACCGCAUGGAUGACCUUCACCGCGAGCAACUGCCAAACCACGGCCAAUUAUAUCGUUUCUCAACUUGCUGUUUGGGAGGUCGACUUCCCUGGAGGUGUUGGAAAUGACAAUAUCCGGUGGCGGGCUCUCAUCUGGGCAAUAUCAGAAGGAAUGUUAUUGUUGUCAGUGACCAUUAACUACCUCCCACCAAAAUUUUAUUCUGGCGUCUUCAAAUUUUCCGUCGGCUUCAUGAUGCUUGACUUCUUCCUGUGUCUUAUCUGGUUACCCAUUGGCGUUUCGAAUACCUAUGGUUUUCGGUCUGCCAAAGAUGUCUUUACUAUGACUUAUAACGGCACGGGAGCCCCGGCUGGAUGGAACUGGCUCUUAUCUUUGUUAUUCACGGCGGGGACCCUGACAGGCUUUGACGCCUCAGGGCAUAUCGCUGAGGAGACCAAGAAUGCUAGUGUCGUCGCAGCCAAAGGAAUUUUAUGGAGCGCAAUCGCAACAGGUGUUUUGGGGUUCAUCACGACCAUUUUGUUUUUGUUCUGCACACCAGACCUCGAUACCAUGUUCGCCCUUGAUGCGCCACAGCCAUUCGUGCAGAUCUAUGCGCUCGCUCUUGGAAAGAAGGCCAGCAUUUUUAUGACCGUUAUUGCGGUCAUUGGCCUCAUCAUGAACACAACUGUCGCUAUUGUCGCGUCUUCACGCCUGGUGUUCGCGGUCGCAAGAGACGGAGUCUUGCCAUUGUCCCAAUGGAUCGGCACUGUUGACUCGAAAGGACAACCUCGUAAUGCAGUGACCGUCAUCUACAUCUUUGCAGCCAUCCUUCUCUGUACAAUCCUUCCCAGCCAGGUGGCAUUCACCUCGUUGGUCUCAGCUGGGGCUGUUCCAACUAUUGCGGCAUAUGGCCUUAUCGCUUUGCUGCGCUUGACAAUGACACCCAAUCAUUUCCAGUCCUCUCAUUUCAAGCUGGGCAAGUACGCUAAGCCAUUCUACGUCUGUGCCGUUUUAUUCAAUGCGCUGGUAUUUGCGGUCGAUAUAUCGCCCUUUGAAUUCCCUGUCAACGCUGGGACGUUCAAUUUCGCUGUCGUCAUCUUUGGCGCGAUUUCCAUUUUCGCUUUCCUGAGCUGGUACUUCACUCCUGAAGAAAAGUGGCUCAGGAAGGACCAGAUACUAAAGGCAUUGGAGACAGUCGAUCAUCCGGAGGAUGAGUGA